AUGGAAGAGAGUAGUUCGUGGUGGUCGUGGAAAGAGCGUCGGUCCGGGUCCCGGCGCCGGGCGUCACAGCACUGCCAAGGCGUGACCCGACCUUCAAGCGCCAACGCCGAACACCACAAUGCACCGACCAACCGUCCAGCUGGCGCUGCGUUAGCCCUACGACUGCUUGACAGCCAGAACUCGUCUACUUCCUUGAGCUUGAAGCUAUCCUCGACCACUGCCGACAUAUACCAACGACGCGCGGCCGAGCUGGAGACAAAAAUUCUCCCUGAUCGCGUCGCUUACAACCGCGAGCAACGCCUCGGGCUUGAACGGAAGGGGUGUAGUCUGGACUGUGGAGGUCGUCGCUGGCGUGCGCGAAGGACGUGCUGUGGUCCUCUCGAUCGAUCGACACAAACCCCAUGA